GUGGUCCGUUAACUUCUCUGUGGUCAUCCAACCGAAACAUGAAGUCUGCUGCUUAACGGGUUUUCUUCUGGCAGCCGUUGAAAAUAACGCCUCGUUAACGAAUCACUAAGGAGAGGUGAUAUGAUUAACGCUUUGCUGCUGUGUGACCGUUCAACUGUUCGACCCGGAAACGUCAAACUCUGUUUCCCUCUGCGUCCUGUUAACGUUAGCUGGGAUGUGACCGUUGAAUAACUGCCGUCGGUUGGUUGAAGUCGCCGUUGAUCUUAGUCUCGUAGCUGAAUGGCUACAGUACAAGCUAACGGCCGCAUGUUGGUUUUAUUUCGGUGAGCGUUUGAACUCCACGAACCGGUACAUCCGGAAAUAAGGAGACAACAGCAUCUGCGGCGCUGUAGUUAAGAUGUCCUUCUUCAAUUUGCGAAAGAUAUUCAAGUUAGGACCGGAUAGGAAGAAGAAACAGUACGAACAUGUACACAGAGAUGUCAAUCCAGAAGAAAUUUGGGAGAUAAUUGGAGAACUUGGAGAUGGAGCAUUUGGAAAAGUCUACAAGGCUCAGAACAAACAGAAUGGGACUCUGGCCGCUGCCAAGGUUAUUGACACAAAGACGGAGGAUGAAUUGGAGGAUUAUAUGGUGGAGAUUGAUAUUCUGGCCUCCUGCAACCACCAUCACAUCGUCAAGCUGCUGGAUGCCUUCUAUUUUGAAGGCAAACUCUGGAUUCUGAUAGAGUUCUGUGCCGGCGGCGCGGUGGAUGCCAUCAUGCUGGAACUGGAAAGACCUUUGACCGAGCCCCAAAUCCGUGUGGUGUGCAAGCAGACGUUGGAGGCUUUAAUCUACCUGCACGAGAACAAGAUCAUCCACAGAGACUUGAAAGCUGGGAACAUCCUUCUCUCUCUGGAUGGAGAAGUGAAACUGGCCGACUUUGGUGUGUCUGCUAAAAAUACCAAGACGUUACAGAGAAGAGAUUCCUUCAUCGGCACUCCGUAUUGGAUGGCCCCAGAGGUGGUGAUGUGUGAAACAUCGAAGGACCGUCCAUAUGACUACAAGGCAGACAUCUGGUCCCUGGGAGUAACCCUGAUCGAGCUGGCACAGAUUGAGCCGCCCAACCACGAGAUGAAUCCCAUGAGAGUGCUGUUGAAAAUAGCCAAGUCCGAGCCACCCACCCUGAUGCAUCCCUCCCGCUGGUCGCCAGAAUUCAGCGACUUCCUGCGGAAAGCACUUGAUAAGAAUGUGGACAAUAGGUGGGGUUCAGUACAACUUCUUCAGCAUCCGUUUGUCAGCAGUGUCACUGAUAGCAAACCUCUCAGGGAGUUGAUCGCCGAGGCCAAAGCAGAAGUUACAGAGGAGAUAGAGGAAGGCAAAGAGGAGGAGGAAGAGGAAGAGCCUGAUGUCCCGCUGGCGGCUCCUGGACACAAGCGUGCACCCUCAGAUGUCAGUGUGGCAAGCUCAGAGGAUGACAAAGUUCCACCAGUGGCUUCUGCUCUGGAAUCAGUCACAGAGAAAAUGGAGGCUGAACCGGCCGAGGACAGGACCAGUGAUAAGCUGUCUGAUGAAGGUUUGGGAACAAGUGAAGUAGACAAGACUGAGGAGGAGAAACUCAGUGAUGUGUUGGACGCUAGUAAUGAAGAAGUGGCUUCCGAGCUGAUGGAAGCCACCACGGAAUUGAUUUCACAAGACCUUACAGAACCUCAACCUGAAGAUGGGCAGGCUGAAAAGAUUUCUGCAGAGCCACAGAUAGAACCUUCAGAAUCGGGUAAUAAAGAGGAACCUGUGCCAGCAGUUCUAGAAACAGAGGAGGAUCAGAGGAAGACACAAGAGGAAAAAACAGAAGGUGAAUCUGAACAACUAACAGAAGAAGGAGACCUUAAAGAGGUGAGAGAAGAAGUAGAAAAGGAAGAGGAAACGGAAGAAGCUGAGCCACAUCUGACUGACUCUAGAGAAAUGGAAGAAGAACCUAAAGAUGUGCAAGAUCAACCAGGAUCAGUAUUGGCAGAAGAGGAAGGCAAAGGACCAGAAGAGGAGAUAUCUCAGGAUAAAGUGACACAUGCAGCUCAUAGCAUAGAUGAAGAAAGCAAUACAGAAUCAGUCCCACAAUCAAAUUUAACAGAUACCAUCAUGAAUGGGGUCACAUACACUGUAUUAAAAUUGGAAGAACCAUCUGCUGAGGUUUUGGUGGAGAAGGAGACUACAGAAAGUCCAUCCGACAGAAUGACAGAAGAGAAGCCUGAGGCUACGCCCCCCGAGGAGGCAGAACAGAUGGCAGAAGAAAAUCAGGCUAAAGACGAAGUGGAUCUGGAGAAAAAGGCACCAAAUGAAUCCACAAAAGAGGAUGAACCCACAGUCACCUCUGAAGAUCUGGAGGAUCUCAAGGAAGCAGAGGAGAAAACUACUCAAGUGGACGAGAGCACUUCCCAAGAUGCCGUUUCUGCCCCAGAGAGUGAAACUGACUCUGAGACCAAGAUGGAGCAAGGAAGCCCGGCCCUGAUCAAGCCGGACAUGGAAAAGGACUCUGACUCUGGAAGCAGCUCUGCUGCUGAUAGCAGCAGCCUAGACCUCAAUCUGUCCAUCUCCAGCUUUCUGUCCAAGAGUAAAGAAGGUGGUUCUGUAUCUGUGCAGGACUCAAAACGACAGAAAAAGACGCUGAAGAAGACGAGGAAGUUCAUAGUUGAUGGAGUUGAGGUCAGCGUGACCACCUCAAAGAUAGUGACAGAUAAUGACACCAAGAAUGAGGAGAUGAGAUUCCUGAGGCGGCAAGAGUUGAGGGAGCUGCGACUUCUGCAGAAAGAGGAGCAGAGGGCCCAGCAGCAGCUCGCCAACAAGCUGCAGCAGCAGCGAGAGCAGAUCUACAGGCGCUUUGAACAGGAAACGACUGCAAAGAAACGUCAGUAUGACCAGGAAGUGGAGAACCUGGAGAAGAAACAGAAGCAGACCAUCGAGCGCCUGGAACAAGAUCACACCAGCCGACUGCGAGACGAGGCCAAACGCAUCAAAGCAGAUCAGGAUAAGGAGCUGUCAAAGUUUCAAAACAUGAUGAAGAACCGGAAGAAAGAGGUAAAACAAGAAGUUGGACAGUCGCCCAAACACAUGAGAAAAGAGCUCAUGAAACGCUUAAAGGAGGACCUCGUGCUCCUUCAGAAUGCUGAGGAGCAGGAGUUUCUGCAGAAGCAGCAGCAGGAGUUGGACAGCGCUCUGAAGAAAAUCAUUCAGCAGCAUAAACUGGAGAUCGCCACAAUCGAGAGAGACUGCCUGAACCACAAGCAGCAGCUGAUGAGAGCUCGUGAGGCAGCCAUGUGGGAAUUGGAGGAGCGCCACCUGCAGGAGAAACACCAGCAGCUGAAGCAGCAGCUGAAAGACCAGUACUUCCUGCAGAGGCACCAGCUGCUGAAGAGGCAUGAGAAAGAAAUGGAGCAGAUGCAGCGCUACAACCAGCGGUUGAUAGAGGAGAUGAAGAACAGGCAGACCCAAGAGAGGGUCCGCCUGCCCAAGAUCCAACGCGGCGAGGCCAAGACCCGCAUGGCCAUGUUCAAGAAGAGUCUCCGGAUCACCGCUUCUGCCGCCAUCACCCAGGAGCAGGAGAGAGAGCGGGUUAAACAGUUUGCUUCCCAGGAAGAAAAGAGGCAGAAGAACGAGAGACUUCACCAGCACCAGAAACACGAGAACCAGAUGAGAGAUCUUCAGCUUCAGUGUGACUCAAACAUCAGGGAGCUGCAGCAGCUACAGAACGAGAAAUGCCACCUGUUGAUUGAACACGAGACCCAAAAGCUGAAGGAGCUGGAUGAGGAGCACAGCCAAGAGAUAAAGGAGUGGAGAGAGAAGCUUAGACCCAGGAAGAAGGCGCUGGAGGAGGAGUUCACCCGGAAACUUCAGGAGCAGGAAGUCUUCUUCAGGAUGACUGGAGAAUCUGAAUGCCUUAACCCCACCGCACAGAGUCGGGUUUCCAAAUUCUACCCGAUCCCAAACCUGCACAAUUCUGGUUUAUAGCCUCCCGUCAGUCUUCUUAUCUGAGUGGGUGGUGCCGCCCCCCCCCCCCCCCCCCCCCCCCGUGUCUUCACUGCUUGGAUUAAAUUAGUGAGCGUGACGUGCCUAACACACACACACACACAAACAAACACUCCAUCCCCUCACUUAUCUUGUUGUGAAGUGUCCAAAGGAGAAUAUGCACUUUUCUGAGCGUGCCUGCGUUCCUGCAGUCUGUCAUGAAGGUUGACCAGAGUGUAAACUCAACCUGAAGCUGUCUGAAAGCUCUCCAGUGCCUCAUAUCAGCUUGUUUUGGUUUUAGUCCGAGUUUUAUCAUUAAAAAAAAAUUUUGUGGAACAAGCUGAAAUAUUCAUCACAUGCUUAAAAGUCUUAGAGAAUUUCCCUCAUGACUUUGUCAAAAUCCAAGAUGGCGUCCAACAUGACCACCGUUUCACUUAUUUUUAGAUAUUUUUGCUUCUGGAAAGGUUAGCGACAUGAUUUAAGUGCCUAAAUGUAUGUAUUAAGGCAUGUGAAAGUCUUUGCAAUCAUUAUCUAGAGGUUACACAUUUUGGAAAUGUCAGAAACUAAGAUGGUGACCAUAUUGGAAUCCAAAGUUACGGUCAGUCUGUGUGUGUGUGUGCAUAUAUAAUUGUUUAUUAUUUUUAUUAUUGUUAUUAAAUUCUCAGUUACAUAUUUCCUCUUUAGAUUGUUUCUUCUUUCAGUCAGAAUUCAGAUUUUGCACACACAUACACAAAAUCCUACCACCAACGUCUGUAGAGUUAAAGAGAAUAGCUGAAAAGGUUUGUGGAUGGCCCUUUGGUACUUCCUUUACCCUGUCCAUAAGCAAAUGCUUUGGCCUGUGAUAGUGAUUUUGCAUUAGGUGAUAUACAUCUAGUUCUCAAACUAUUAAAAUUUGGAUUUCAUCUAAGGAGUUCACAUCUAAAACCUCUAGAUAUUCAUGCUAGAGAGUUUAUCAUGCUGUAUAACAUAUAUUUAGACAUUUCAAACAGGUUCCUUUUCAGAAGCAAUGAUAUGUUUAAAAUCUUGAAAUGGUGGCCAUUUUGGAUGCCAUCUUGGAUUUUAGGAAGAAAUAAAAGUGGGGGUGGGGGGGGUUUUUGAGGACUUUUAGUAUGCAAUUUUACGCAUUUUCUGGCACUACCCUGAAAUUUGCGUCUUUUUCCACAAAAUUACAUUAUCCCCCCCCCCAGCAUGCUCUUGGAUUAUUUCUGCAUUUAGACCCAAAAAAAACUUUUUUUUGUUUGUUGUUUUUUUUUUAACAGGUUGCAGAAAAUGCAUCACCUUGUAUUCAUCCAUUAUCUCAAACUUUGGAGAGGUGAUUUGAUGUUGUGGCACUUAAUCCAUUGUUUUGCUGGCCGUUCCGUUUUCACGCGAGACAGCGUCCUCAGAACCCGUCGUUAAUACUGUGCAGUUUUUACCUCAUGUCGUCACUUUAUCAUCAGGCUGUGCUUUAUUGGAAUGUGUCGCAAUGUUACUUGUGUGCGUGCGCCUGCGUAUGAAGUUAAUCGGACACUGGCAACCACAACGAUUUUACAGGCGUCACAGUUGAAACCAACAAACUGCUUUUCAUGAAUCAUUUCAUUUCAAUGCUGUUUGUGCAUUUCUCUGAGUGAUAACACAUUUUUUGUAUACAUAAAAAUCACUUUUUGCAGUUAUUUUGAACAGCAUUGUGAGCAGCCACAAGUUUUGUUUUUCUUUGUGCAACGUAUGAACACAAAAGAAUGUAAAGCUAUUGAUUUGCACCGUUUUGCCACACGAGCUAAGAAAAAUGGAAAUAUGCAGUAGCACGUGUCGCAUAUUUGUUACAGACAAACGUAUUCAAACUCCAAACUGACUUUCUGAAACAUUUUCAUUGAUUUUACUUAUAGUUUAUGCUUGAUGAUAAUGCCCGAGAAUAUUUUAUGAUCACAUUUAGUUUUCUAAAUAUGUAUACUUGUGAUAUUCUAUUGAUGAUGGUCUUCACUGUAGGGUUUUUUUUUUUUAGACCACAGUUGUAUGAAAGCUGGAAUGCUGUAUCUGUAACUCCUAACAGGAGGAGGCGUCAGUGGCUGUAUUUCAUUUCAAAGUAUUGAUGGUUCACAAAAGGAUUUAUUUUAAAAGGAGUAUACCAAUUAUUGUUAUUUCGCUGCAUAUUAUUUGUACAUGCUAUAAUUUGUAUAUGUUAAGUUCUGUACAUGCUGACAUUAAGGUUGAUGUCACGUUUUUCAGUUAAAGUUUGGCAAAACAUAAAUGCUGGAUUUUUAUUAGGGUGGUUGGAGACUGUGGGCUCUGUCUACCACCUGGUGCAAAGCAGCGCACUGCCGUAGUGUCAUUAAUAGUUUCCGCAUGACAGAGUUAUUUUUACACCCAGGCCUAUGUCACAAAACCACUUGCUGUCACGUGGCCGUGCUGGUCUACAAAACAUAAGGUAUGGUCGAGCACAAAUCUGGUGCAUUCAUAUGGUCCAUCACAAGAAAGGAUUUGCACCUUAGACCGCCAAAACUCUGUCUAGCGCUGCGUAAUUAUCUCUAAAUAGCACACCACUCGGAUGCGGUUUACAACAAUGGGUUCACAGUGCACAUACACAUUGCCUGCCUUCAUAUGUCACCAGUUGCCUGUAACAUUGCAUCAGUACAACAGAGUAUUAUGCUCACGAUGCUGUCUUCACUGUCACACAAAUCGCCUCCUUCAAGCACAUAACUAUGAGUAACUAUUAAUUAGGUUUGUGAGGACCUAGUCCACAACUAAUCUUGACAAAUUAAGGUCAAAUCUAAGCAAUGAAACUCCAAAUUGAAGUAAAAAAAAAAAGGUGUAAACAUGGCAUUAACACAGCAAUCUACUUGAAACAAUAUUACAGCUAGGUUUUUAUUUAGAACCCACUGGUUGCUGGUGGAUGUUUUAACGGAACUAAGGUGGAAAAAUCAUCCUGUCUGUAUUACACAACUUGUCAACUAGAAAUUAGGUGUACUAGCUAGUUGCCAGCUAUUAUGACUUCUCGUCCCAACCAUACCAUAUUAUCCAGAGUAUAAGUCGUACCUGUCAAAAAAAAAAAUGCUUCUUGAAGAGGGGAAAAAAACCUAAGUUGUACUUUUUUCUUUAACAGCUCUUUAAUUUGGGAUUUUUGUGCAUUGUUUUUUUUUUUUUUUUAUUGGCAUUUAUUCUUUUAUUAUUGGAGGUUAUUUUGUUUAGUGCUUUGAUUCCUGAGAAAGUUAUUACACAUUUUAUUGUUGUUAAUGAACAUGUAAUAUUUCAGUACAUCAGUCAUACCAGAAUACAAAUGGCAGGAUCUCUCAAAGUAGUAAAAAAAAGACUCAUGCUCAGGAAAAUAUGGUAUUAAUAUGAAUCCGUCUUCAAAGUUGUUGCACUUAAUUAACAUGUAUCUGGUGUGUCUGUGACAUGAUGCUGCAAAGUGAAGCAUUGUUGUUUUGGGUGAGUUAAUAAAAGUGAAUUGCAAACCGCCAUUAACACCCAUGGACAUAAUACAAAGAAUCACCUGCACUGCUUCACCUCAGGGAGCUUUGGUAGCUGCAUAGAGUUGGAUAUAGUGAAACUAGAGUGCACACUCCCUAUGUUGCUAACAUAAUGCUGCCGUGCCUACAUGGGGGCGCGGCGCCAUUGCCAAAGAGAGCAAAAAGGACACGAAGUACCUGGAUGUGCAAUGCAGCGUGUGUGUUGAGUGAAUGCUGAAGCCACAAAGAAAACAAAAAGAACAAUAAAUAAAACCAAAACAGACAACUUUUUGCCCUCUUUGGUAAUGGCAGGGCAUGCUCCUUGACGGCACACGGCCAAGCGCGAGUGCCCGUAGCUUCACUAUAUCCAACUCUAUGACUUUGUGACUGCCAUUUGCUGUUGCGUGUAGCAAAGUGGAGCUAAUCUGAACCCACCAGAAAUCCUGUCUCUUACACAAACUCUACAUACCAAAAGUGUUGUGCCCCCUGGUGCCCUCCAGUUCAAAUUCAGUUUAAAUGGCUGGUGCCAUUCUGGAUGAAUUUAUGUUUGAACUGCACUCAUGUCUUAUGAACACGGCCAGUCCAAUCCCUUCACAUUCAUUUUAUGCACCAUUUCAAGAGCAGUUACAACUUUGUCAUACUCCAAAAGUAUUCGUACCGCUCUGCAAUUCAUGUUGCGCCAGUUGUCGAGAGAGAGAGUCCACAGUGAAUUAUAGUCAUCUUUGUUCCUUGUUUAAUUUUUAAACAUAUUUUUGACAUUCUACCACAAUGAACAUUCUUGGUAAAUGCAUUGUUUUGAUGCCAGAGCAAAUUUAUUUAAGAUGUUUUUCAAACGGACAUGUAUGUUGUAAAUAAAAUAUUGACUGUU